AAUUAAAUAAAUUUUUAAUUUAUUUAAAAAAAUUAAAUUUUGUGAAAUUUUAAAAAAAAAUUUUAAUUAAAAAAAAAAAAUAAAUUUAAAAAAAUGGUUUUCAUAAUGCCAGUGUUGAUAUUAAUAAUUGUGUGCUUGAUGGCCACCAGUUACAUCAAACUCCUGUACGAGUACAAGAGAAAAGUAAAAUUGGAAAAAUUUGUGAAAGCGAAUAAAAUGCAGCAGCAAGAAACGGCAUCUUCUGCGGAUCAGACAACCAUUCAAAUUUACGACCAAGCUCCGGGUCCCAUGCCGUUGCCCGUUAUAGGAAAUUUAGCAGAAUUAGGAAAAUAUGAAGUGCCCUUUGAAGGAUUUACAGCACUUGCGAAAAAAUACGGCGAUGCUUACAGUUUGUUCUUGGGAUCCACGAGAUGUUUAGUGGUUAACAAUUUGGAACUGAUUCGAGAAGUUUUAAAUCAAAAUGGAAGAUUUUUCGGAGGACGACCUGAUUUUAUUCGGUUUCAUAAGUUAUUUGGAGGAGACCGGAAUAAUUCUCUCGCUCUCUGCGAUUGGUCUCAACUGCAGCAAAAACGUCGAAAUUUGGCGCGAAAACACUGCUCGCCGCGUGACGCCUCGACUUAUCACCAAAAAAUGAGCGAAGUUGGGUGCAUGGAGGUGCGGGAAAUGAUGGCGCAUCUCGACGCGACAAUGGUCGAAGGCGAAGAAUACAACAUAAAACCACUUUUGAUGCAAACUUGCUCGAAUAUGUUUUCGCAGUACAUGUGCACGACGCGUUACGACUACGAUGACGUCGAUUUUCAGCGGAUGGUGCGUUGUUUCGACGAGAUUUUCUGGGAAAUUAAUCAGGGAUAUGCGGUAGAUUUUUUGCCAUGGCUCGCGCCUUUUUACAUGCUUCACAUGAGCAAACUCGUCGAAUGGUCCUCGGAGAUCCGGAAAUUCAUCUUGGCACGAAUUAUCGACAAUCGCGAAGUGAAUUUGGACAAAGACGAGCCGGAACGUGAUUUUACGGAUGCUUUGCUGAAAAGUUUGAAGGAAGACGAAACCGUGACUCGCGACACGAUAAUUUUCAUGUUGGAAGAUUUCCUUGGCGGACAUUCGGCAAUUGGGAAUUUGGUCAUGUUAGCACUCGGAUACAUCGCCAAAGACCCCAAAAUUGGCAAACGGAUCCAACAAGAGAUCGAUGAACAUCUGAAAAAUGGCGAAAAUCAAAUUUCCCUGAAUGACAUUGAAAAAUUGAGUUUUACCGUGGCGACAAUUUACGAAGUUUUGCGGUACUCCUCGUCGCCAAUUGUGCCCCAUGUGGCGACCGAAGACUGUCAUGUCGCCGGUUUCGGUGUCACAAAAGGCACAAUUGUCUUUAUUAAUAAUUACGAGUUGAACACGAGCGAAAAAUAUUGGGACAAUCCAAAAACUUUCAAUCCUGAGAGAUUUUUAGAGACAGUUUUCGAUCCAAAAACGAACAAAGAAAUCCAAACAGUUCGUAAAAAUAUUCCGCAUUUCCUGCCAUUUAGCAUCGGGAAACGCACUUGCAUCGGACAAAAUCUCGUACGUGGCUUCAGUUUCAUCAUGCUGGCAAAUAUUCUGCAAAAUUAUGACGUUUCGUCGAAGAAUUUGGAUCAAAUUAAGGUACAGCCAGCUUGUGUUGCCGUUCCGCCAGAUACGUACAAACUCGUCUUGACACCGAGAAAAUUCGCCUAAAUUUAAUUUUAGAGAAAAAAAAUAUUUCAUAAUUUAAUUUAUUUUCUGGUUUUAGUGAAAAAAAAUAAAAUAAUAGAAAAAUUGUAUUUUUAGUUAAAAGAAACUUGAAAAAGACUGAAAAAAAAAGAUUUAAAAAAAAACAAAUUAAUUUUGUUGAUAAAU